AUGCCUCCCAAGCUACCUCCCCUUCGCUUUGUGCGGUCUGUACUGAACUCUUUUGCCAAAGAGUCUGGCCUUGAGCCGAGACUGCUUGGGAACAACUUUCGCGUCACUAGUGCAUCGGUUGGCAAAGUAAACUUUGAGCUUGCCAUCCAGAAGGAACACACAAACCGCCUGCAAACCAUCCAUGGAGGGACUCUUGCUAGUCUUGUUGACCUAGGCGGCUCCCUUGCUGUCGCAUCCAAGGGUCGCUUCAUGACGGGAGUAUCAACCGAUAUCAAUGUCACUUACCUGAACCCUGGAGGCACGCCUGGUGAUCUCAUGACGGGCACUGCUGUCUGUGACAAGAUGGGCAGAACUCUUGCCUACACCACAGUUUCAUUCUUCAACAAGAAAGGAGAGCUGGCUGCGAGAGGAAGCCAUACCAAGUACAUUGCGAAAACUUGGGCAUCAGAAGACUUUGUAGCCCCUGAAGAGUACAUUGCCGAAGAAGAGCAGUGA